AUGGGAGGCAAGAAUUAUACAUUAUUAAAGAAUAAUGUUGUCGCGUUUGAUUUCAUCGAAGCUGGAAAAUUAUAUUGCAUUGGAAAUGAAGAAAUAACAGCUAUUGUCUUUGAUUUAUCUGAUUUUGAAGCAGAUGAUUAUGUGUAUAUGACUGGUAAUGUAAAAUUAUCGAUUGGAACAACAAAUGAUUCACAAUAUAAAUUCGAUCCAACAAAGACACUUAUAAUUGUUGCCACAACAUUUGAUGGAAACGGUGAUUUAACUCAUUUCUCAUCUAAUGAUUAUGAUGAUGAAAAACUCAGCAUUAAAUACUACGACAUUGAAGGAAACAAUAUAAUUCCCUCGAUGAAGGCUUUACAAUCUUACGAUAAUUUCAAUACCAUAGAAAUUAAAUGUUCAGAUCUAACAUAUCAAUUUAAUCUAAAUUAUGAAAUAAAAUCAUCUUUGGAUAAAGAAGCAAUAUUAAUUAACUCAAAAGUUGGUUCCCAUAAAUUUGCAUCUGAUACCACAAAUCCAGAACCAGGUCCUAACCCAGGACCAAAUCCAGAACCAAAACCAAAACCAGGUCCUAACCCAGGACCAAAUCCAGUUUCUAAUCCAACACCUAAAGAAGAUGAAAUUACAGGCGGGAAAACAGGUGGUGGAAAUGGGGGAAAGAUUGCUGGCGCAAUAAUUGGUGUAUUAAUCGUCAUUGCAAUUGUCUGUGUUGUCAUUUUCUUCGUAAUGAAGAAGAGGAAGGCUUCUGAAGAAAAAGAGUCAAAUGAUGACCAAGUACAUGAAGAUACAUCAAUUGAUGAUGCAGUUGGAGUUUAA